UAUCCUUCACUACGAACGAUUGAUUCAUAUUUUUGAAGAUGGAGCAAGCGAAGUGGAGUGCUGUAUAUCUUUCAUUAAGGCAUAAAUUGUGAAGAGUCGCGUUACAUAUACAUUCGAAAUGGUGGUUCAAAAGAAUUGGAAUAAUACUGAAACAACCGCGUCUGCUUCUGAAAGCCAGACUCAAAAUACAGCCACUGUCUCAUGGAGUUUUCAAGCUCCUACUAAAACCUUGACUGUUCGUCCAAACACUACGUGCACGAUGCAAACGAAGCAGCCAAUCACAAGGCAAAUAGCCAUUAACACACUAGCAGCGAUGCACCGUCGGUUCAGCCUGCCUGGCCCAGUGCAGCCGCACUCCAGGCCCAUAGCCGAGUUCCGAGCCAGCGCCAACAAGUCUUUAGACAUGCUGCGCCAGACCAUACAGUCAGCUGUGACCAGGGAAAUUGAUCAAGUGAUAAAAAAGUAUUUGGAAAAAUUCUUCGUACCUGCAGUAAAUAAUAUUAGGCUGAACUUGGGAGAUGAGUCAGUUAGUGAAGAUCAGGUGCGAGCCAUAUGCCGAGCAAUGUUGGACGCCACUCGUUUGCUCUACACAACGCCUUCGAAACCGACGCCAUCAUCGUCCGAAAACAGCGAUGACUCCAACAGCGCUGAGAGUAAAAUUAAAACCAAUUUACAGAGUCCCUCGCACACUAAACGCAAAGAAUCUGAGUCAGAUUUCGACGCCUGCUUCAAGCGACGGAAAAUCAAGCAAGAGGAGACGUCAGAUAGCGGGUCUUCCUCUCCAUUACCUCUGUCGACAUACAGGGACCCUGAGAAAUGGAACCCGAAUAGGCUGACGCAAGAAACGCUGUUUAUUAUGGGAUCUCAUGCUCAUAAGGUACUUGGGCUGGGCAACUGCCGUGGUCGUCUUUACACCCGCCACGCGGGUCUGCUGCGCUACCCAGCGGACAGUUCUGACAAGGAGUGGAUUGCUAGCCAUAACCUGGUCAAUGCUGUUGGCGGGAAGACCUAUAUCAUGGUACUCGAAGACAUAGAAGAACUAGCGAACAGCGAGACCUACCGUCACAACUCUUUACCAAUGCUCGGCGAACUAACUGGCUUCAAAGUGCCACCGUUCAUGCUCAGAAAAAUAAAAGCAUACGUAAUGAAACGGGCACUCAGUGGAGACAUCAGUAAUCCAGACAGCCCACAACCUUCUACCAGUAAUGACGACACGAAGUUCAAAUCUGAAGUCAAAUUAGAACCCGAUCAAGAUACUUAUGACUCCUUCGAUGCGUCACGUUAUACUGACAACACUAGAGACUUCGCUGACGUUCCAACCAACAAAGAUGAUACGGAUUUAGCUGACAUCAAAGUAGAAGACAUUGAAGAUAUCAAAGUUGAUGGAAUUAAAGUUGAAGAUCUAGAUGAAAUGAAAGUAGACGGAAUCAAAGUUGAAGAUUUGGAUGUCGAUAUCAAAGUCGAAAACAUCGAUGAUAUCGAUGGAAUAAAUGUAGAGGAUAUGAAACUUGAGAAAGAAGAUUUUGCUCUGUGCAAGCAAGAUGAUGAACAGAAUCAUCUAGUUGAUGGCCUGUUAGAGUCUGAUAUUGAGUUUCUCAGCAGAAAUCUGGGCAAUAUUGAGAGUGACGCGGACGCAAGGAAAACUAUUGAGAAGUUGACGGGAGCCAAUCCGGAUACUAUAACGCUCGUAGGAGACGAGUUUGAUUUGGGGCCCACUUUGAAUACCAGUAAUUACUCCACCAACCAAACGAAGUGUAUCACCGUGGCAUCAACAACUAGCGGCAUGAUCCAUAGCGUCCCCGUCGCACACAUCCAAGCACCACGCAUCACUGGUUCUACUGUACACUACUAUACUAGUGUGCCGCAACGGACUGUGCAUCAUCUGCCUUCUGUCACUAUACAGGGCUUACCGCAGUCGCAAGUGAUCCGCGGAAUCCCAAUCAACACGAAAACCGGCACAUUCAGCACCGUCAUGUCCCAAGGCACCGCCAGCGCCAUCAUCGGCUUCGGAACUCGCACCACUAACGCCACCCCAGUCCAGUACGUCAACGUCUCCUCCAAAUCCUUCCCCACUGGUAAUAUCUUGCACAACGCCAUCGUUUCUCGUAACAUUCUCAAUCGUACAGCAGUCACUUCUGCUAUGUCGUUCAACGUAACAACAGUCAAACAGGCAGUGCAAACUACACCUAAAAUCAGCACCGUUGUAACAGCGAGCUCUGGCGACUUCGACAAUAUUUCAACUACCAAAGACAUGAUCGACAACGCGUGCAACUCAUCGGUGAUGCUCAAGAAAGUUCUCACUCUAGGGAGUGCCGGCGCCGCUAAGUCCUUCAUGAUGCAUAACACACAAAAAGUGCUCUCUACGGGUUUCGCUAACGGGUCUACUCCACCGCCUAACGUGACCAUCGUGAGCUCGGGUAGCACGAUUCUAAGCAACGCCAUCAUAAAUCCUACUUCAAACAUAACAAGUCCCACCUCAGGCACUCUCAGUGCCACUCACGCGACUCUGUCCGCUUUGCUCGCCUCAAACGCUGAGAACGCCCAAGGAAACAAAAAUAAAAAUUAGCUUAGAUUCCAACAUUCCUAAUUAUUCUUGAAUUCAUGAUCUCAAAAUGUAGUUAAGGUAACUAUUUAUUAAUACUUUUACUGUUUCACUAUGUAUUGAAGCUUAAGAUAUUUUCGUCCUGUAAAAUCGAAAUAUAAUAGAGUUCAAAAUUACAAAGCUAUUUCAAAAUAUGACGAAACUUGAUCUAGAAUAAUUUUAAAUGCGUUGUCAAAAUUAUAGUCUGAUCAAAUUAUUCGGUAAACCACUCGGUAAGAGUGAACAUAAGUGAACAAGAGUGUUCAACACACUUAUAAUUCGAGAGACAUGUUUCAUUGGAUUUAAUUACCUCUUAUGUUACCUGAUAACUUAGUUGCUUAAAACUGAAGUCUAUUAUUAGUAAGCUAAAUCGGAAGUAGUAAGUUAUAAUUAAGUGCCAAGUCAUAAAGUGUAAUUGCUGGGGCCCAUUUCUCGAAUAUUAUAAUAUUGUCAUGGCAACCCAUAAGAUUUGACAGUUAGUGAACUAAUAAUAUUGAUAUUAUCUAUGACUAAUUAGUCAAUUAUCUUUAAGAAAGGGCUCCUAGAUGUUUCUAAUGUAAGAAAAAAAAUCUUAUUUUCACGGUAAAAUGUGACUUUAGCACUAGGAUUGUAACUUUCUAUUGUCUGACUAAAAAUGAUGGUUGUGUUUAUUAUAAUAUGUGCCAAGUUAGAGUACAAAUAACUGUAAAUCAAAUCAGUAUUAUUUAUAAUGUGAUACUUUCAUUGUAUUUUAGGGCAAAAAUGUUUUUGAUAGUCUAUAAGCUGGUGUUUAGUUACACGUGGAGUGGGUAGAACUUUCAGGUUAGUGUUAGUGAAAGUUUCUUAAAUAUUUUUAUUAUACUUUGUCAAUAAAUGUUAGCUAUAAUGAAUCCUAAAGGAAAAUACAUACAAAAUUCGUUUACGGAUUUUAUUAGAAUAGGCUAGUUUCCUAUACUUAUUGUAUGCAGUGCACGAAACAAAGCGCCA